GUUCUGCUCAAUGCUGUGUGCUGUGCCGAGGAGCCCUGAAGAUGAUUUCAUAUUGUCCCAUAUGUGGAAAGCCUGUUUACUUUGCUGAGAGGAAGCGUUCUCUAGGCAAAGACUAUCAUCCCCUUUGUCUGAAGUGUUACCAGUGCAAACGGCAACUCAGCCCCGGCCAGCACGCAGAGUAUGAUGACAAACCCUACUGCAAUCACUGCUACCUGCAACACUUUGGACCAAGAGGAACAAGACGGCCAACGUCUCGCUCAUCUCUUGGGGCAGCUUCCUCUUCCAAAGUUCCAGUGGGAAACCAGAACAGCUCCUAGAUGGCCCUGCUUUAAUAUUCAAAACUCGGAGACUCGUUACUGGACUGUGAUAAAGUAGCAAGAUGGCAUUGUAUUUUUACCCACAGACUAAGAAAAAUGCAGCUGAAGAAGAAUGUUGCUUCUGAGAAUGACUGAUAAUCCAGACAAGUCAUAAGAGAACAUGCUUCUAAACUGAAAUCCCUCCUACUGCAGAUUAAAAUUGUGCUGUGAUAAAUGAAUUUUAAUGAGCUACAAUGAAUUUUAAUGGGAUAUAUUCUUGUUUGUGUGAAGGGGACAUAUUCAUAGCAUCGACUUGAUUUUCUAACAGCUUAGAAAUUGUUGGUUUACUCAUCUGUUUCCUGAAUUGACACUGAAAUCUGUAAAUAAUGAUCUCUUUACCAGUAUAAUGGACUUCCAGGUGGAAACUUUCUCAGCAAUGAUCGAUAGGUGUCUCCAAUUAUUCCCUGGUUGGACAACUCAGAUGUACAAAUCUCUCCACCUCAUCUUCUCCAGUAGGGCAAAAAGCUGGAAGCUUGGAACCCAUUACUAUCAAUAUUUCAGCAGCUUUCUUCGCUGAAUCUGUCUUUGACUGGCAGCUGUUGGGAAUGUCAGCACAUACCUUGGUUACUCUAGCUAAGGAACGGUCAUCUCUAUCAUGGUGCAAUUUGUCUUCAUGUGUACGUGAGUUGGAGUGGAUGGAACAGUAGCCCAGGGAUAGCAUUUAAGUCCUGUAAAGACACAUGUAUGUCUCUGCAUUUGCCCAGUCAUGGAUGCCUCCAGUGGUCACCCUAAAUUCCUAUUACAACCAGAGUCCUGACUCAGUCCCCUGAACUUUAAGCAUGUGAGUAGGGCCAUUGAUGUCCAUGGUCAGAGUCUACGCUCCUCUAGUACUGAUAAUUUGUUUUCCCCAUCAAGUAUUGUUCUGAUACACAAAAUUACAGGCUAUUUUUGAAUUAACAUUGCUAAUUCGUAUAACUGGAGUUUAGUGGGUCUUUACACCCCCCCUCAUUUCCCCCACAUUCUUCCAUUGUACUGAAUGAUCAGACCUGAAGGAAUUUCACAUCAUUAAACACCCACCCACACCCCAAUCAAAAAAAUACCAAUUCAUCUGCAUUUUUAUACAAAAGCAGACU